AUGGCAGAAGGAUUCAUUCAACCUAUGGGUGAAAGAAGAAUGGAAGACAUUGGUAAGCAGUAUUUUAAGGAUCUGGUGUGGAGGUCCUUUUUUUACCCUGAUCCAAUAGACAAGAAGAUAUACAAAAUGCAUGAUCUCUUUCACAAAAUAACUCAAUUCAUUUCUACAGACGUAUGUUUGCAGAUGGAUAAUGAAAGACCAUCUUGCUACCCAUCACUUAUAAACAUUCGUCAUUUGUCGUUCUGCUGCAGCAAUUCUUUGUCCGUUGAACUGAAGGAAUUUCCUAAGUGCAAAAGAUUACGGACCUUCCUUUUGACAUAUAACAACGGUGCAGAUGUUGGUCAAGGAACAAUUUACCUCUUUCAGAAAUUCAGUAUGCUAAGAGUAUUGGAUUUGAGUCAAGGGGGCAUUACUGAGCUUCCAGAUUUAGUUGGUUGUUUAAAGCACCUCCGUUACCUAAAUCUAUCUGGUAACCCUAUCAAAUUUGUUCCAAAUUCAAUAGGUAAACUCCCUUAUUUACAGACACUUAAGCUGAUUAAUUGCAGAGAGCUUCUUGGUUUCCCGAGGAACUUGAGGAAUUUGGAUAACCUUCGGCAUCUUCAGUUUGAUAAGAAUAGGAGAAUGACACACAUGCCACCAGGGUUUGGAGAACUAAAAAUUCUUCAAACCCUGUCUGCAUUUGUUGUUGGUCAAGGUGAAGGUUAUACUAUCAUGGAACUGAAGAAAAUGGCAUUUCUUAGGGGAUCGCUCCAUCUCUUGAGACUUGAAAAUGUAAAAGAUGAAAUUGAGGCAGCAGAGGCCAAGUUAGACAUGAAGCCGUGGCUCGAGGAACUUGAGUUGGAAUGGACCACUCCUAGAAAUAAGCAUGAUGUUGAAAUAGUCCUUAGUCACAUUCAGUUUCAUGGAAAUCUGAAAAAAUUGGUGAUAACAAACUAUUGCGGUGUGGCUUUUCCUCCACGUUGGUUAAAUGAUUCAGCUCGCUCUCAACUCAGAACUAUUCACCUGCAGAGUUGUCAAGAAUGCUCGUUGCUCCCAGUUCUUGGAAAUCUCCCGUUCCUUGAAUCUCUCCGCAUUGAACAUAUGCCUGCACUGAAACGCGUUCACUUUGAAUUUUUUGUGGGAUUUCCGUCAUUGAAGUCACUUGAAUUCAGGAACAUGCUGGAGCUGAAAGAAUGGGAGGGUUUAAGAGAUGGAGAUAUGUCUUCCCUUCAUGUUCUCAUAUGCAAAGAUUGUCCCAGCCUAAUAAGUUUACCUUCUCUUCACAUCCUUAGUUUUCUCACCAUAUUAAAGAUCAAACGCUGCUCAACACUUCAGUCAUUGCCUGAAAGGAUGCCUAUUACUCUCAAGAAGCUUGACGUAAGAGGAAGUACGACUGUUGAGGAACGAUGUGAAGAAGGUGGAGAGGAUUGGUUAAAGUUAAGAUCAAUACCAGCACUCAAGAUUGUUAGUGACAGAAGCAGUAUGAAUGAACCGACCCCAAUGGAGCUUUGA